UGUAUAUGAAAGCCCCAUCAACACACUGGAGGACAGGGUGGGUUUGAUUCAUGUAAAACGUCGUUUUCGUUUUUAAUAAGCUGAAGUAGUUGACGAACUAACACAGUCCGGCCACCGAGUCCGCGUGACGUUUCUCCGAUUAUUUAUUGUUAAACCUUCUAUAAAUUAAAUGUGCUCGAAAUAAAGUGGCUCCCAUAUUGUGGGUCACAUUCACACAUUUCAAGAGGUGUCGGUGUAAUGUAUGAGCUAUAGAUCUAAACGAGUAAAACGUUAUAGUAUAUAAACCAGCAGCUCCUAUGCUGGGUGUUCUGAGAGAAGAGCUCGGCUGUUAGGAAAGUUGCCAACGACCCAAAGACCAGCUUUACCGACCAGAACCCACCGGUACCAUGGCCAGGUUAAACAUAUCGAUCUGUGUAUGCAUUCCCGGUGGUUUGUGCGUUAUGGAUCCGAUUGACAUAUUAAGACUGAUCAAACUGGGCUGGAUGCUUUAAACGCUCGCGCAUUCUUUUGUUAUCUUUCUGUUGGCAGGGAAACGCGUAUCCCGUCGGUUUGUUUUCCCUCAUUUUUGCACCGUUCACUUAUCAAGUCAUCAAUUUAGUUCAGGCUGCUAUCGGGCUGAUGCACAGUUAUAUUUCUAUCGCUCCGGCUUGUUCUGUUAUUCACAUUUUCAGGCUGGAUGGUGUUUCAGUCAGAACGCCAUCUUGAAUCUCUUCACUUUAAGGGUUUUCUCUUCACAUCUACUGUAAACCCGCUUCACAGAACUUUUAAUUAGACUACUACAUAUUUGUAAUUAAACUUAAGUUGAUAAAACACAUUAAUAACCUUUUUUGUUUUAACUUUGUACUCAAGUUGGCGAUUGAGCGCGUGACGCUUUAACUCUCGCGCGCUGGCAGUUUUCUCUCAUGAAUAACACUCAAAUGGAACACUAUUUCAUUUUUGAUUUUAUAAUAAUAUUAAUUAUUAGUUUCUGCUAGACAUCUUUGGACUCUUGAAGAUGCGGUGUCUUUUGUUACACUUUGGAUUGUAACAGAAUUACAUCAUAUAACUGCUGAGAUGAUGAAAUGUGAAAAACAAAAUGGCAGAUUGAUUUCCGCUGACCUGGACAUUGAACUCGGCACUGUAGCAGAUGAGCCUUACAUCACAGCCAUGCAUGACGUCAGAUAUAAGGCAGCCGUGUCGCUCACACUACCUGUUAAAUAUGCUGGACCCAGAGCAGACUGGUUUUAUAGCAGUGGAAAAUUUCACCAGUCUAGCUGAGCACCAUGAGUUACAGCUGGACCCCAGUAAACUGGAGAUGCUGCUGGCGCUGGUACAGAGCAACGAACACGGACACGUCUGCUACCAGGAACUCAUAGAACUGCUGAACAGCAAGCGUUCCAGUAGUUUUCGCCGAGCCAUUGCAAAUGGGCGUCGCACGCUGCAGCGAGAAAUCCUAUUGGAUGAGACGGGGCUGGGCGUGUACAAGCGCUUCGUGCGCUAUGUGGCCUAUGAGAUUCUGCCAUGCGAGACGGACCGCCGAUGGUACUUCCAUCAGAACAGACUCUGCCCACCUCCUGUGUUCAUGGCCAUCAUAACCAUUGUACAGAUCAUAGUGUUUAUGUGUUACGGCGUGAUGCUCAAUAAAUGGGUGUUGCAAACCUACCAGCCGGAUUUCAUGAAGAGCCCACUGGUGUAUCAUCCCGGACACCGCGCACAAAUCUGGAGGUUCUUCAGCUACAUGUUUAUGCAUGUUGGGUUAGAGCAGUUGGGUUUCAACGCUCUUCUCCAGCUGAUGAUUGGAGUUCCUCUGGAGAUGGUUCAUGGGAUCCUGAGGAUCAGUCUGCUGUAUAUGGCAGGAGUCGUCGCUGGUUCGCUGACGGUGUCCAUCACGGAUAUGCGAGCUCCAGUGGUGGGCGGGUCCGGCGGGGUCUAUGCACUCUGCUCAGCACAUCUCGCCAAUGUUGUCAUGAACUGGGCCGGUAUGAAGUGUCCAUACAAGUUGCUGCGGAUGAUUCUUGCACUUGUUUGCAUGAGUUCUGAGGUGGGCCGUGCCGUAUGGUUGCGUUUCUCGCCGCCCCUCCCCUCUUCCGGACCGCAGCCCAGUUUCAUGGCUCAUCUGUCGGGUGCGGUGGUGGGCAUCAGCAUGGGGCUGCUGAUCUUGCGGAGCUAUGAGGAAUCUCUGCAUAAACAGUGCUCCUGGUGGGUCCUCAUCUUCUCCUUCAUCACCUUCCUCCUCUUCGCCAUCUUCUGGAACAUUUUCGCUUACGAGCUGCUCGGGGUACAGAUCCCGCCCCCUCCCUGAUGACACGCCCCCUGGUGGGUACAGAAAUCCACGCGCCCUGUCUGAUACAGGUCCGACCUCAAUCUGCUCCGCUCGACCAGCAGUGGAGAAAAGGAUGUAAAAACACGUAAGGAAGGAUUUCUGCGUCGUGAAAUGAAAAACGCAUACUCACAUUCCAUACAGAAGCAGCGAACACAAACAGCGUGGUAUUUUUAAUGAACACUCCGAGGCAGCUCAAGGGUCCGGCGAGCUUAUUUGAACAGAAACAUGCACACAAACACACACACAUACACACACGUACAUCAGAUUUGUUUUUCUUUUUGUGUGUGAAUUUCAGCCCAAGGCUCAUUCAUGAUGCCUUUCUGUAUUGUUUUGAUUUGACAGCCUCAUCUAAGCCUGUUAUGCAUUACAGAUACCAUCCGUAGUAGAUGAAACGCCGUCACUUGAACCAGGAAUCUCGCUGACUAAAAACAAAGCCUUACGCUUGAAGACACGGCAGAGUCCUCACUGAGGUAGGGAGUUGAUGUUUGUUGUUGGAUAAUUACGGAUUGUAUAUCUCUUGCUUUACUUUGUUCCUCAGCUGUACACACACUUGUAGACGCUACAUCCAAGAGGACAGAAACAUUAGCUCUGUCCCAAAUCAUAGUGGGCUGGUGACUUAGGCAGCAUGUUAUAAGUGUGCAUUAUGUUGCCUUCUAAGAUAACCUCUUUUUGCCAAAUGUGAACGUAGCAUUCUAUGUCAGAGAAAGUAGCCACAGAAUGUAUUGCAACAAUCUCCAAAAUGUGUGUGUGUGUAUGUACACACACUACCAUUCAAAAGCUUGGGGUCGGUAAGAUUUUUUUUUAAAGGGGACCUAUAAUGCCCCUUUCACAAGAUGUAAUAUAAGUCUCUGGUGUCUCCAGAAUGUGUCUGUGAAGUUUCAGCUCAAAAUACCCCACAGAUCAUUUAUUAUAGCUUGUCAAAUUUGCCCCUUUUUGUGUGUGUCUCUUUAAAUGCAAAUGAGCUGCUGCUCCCGGCCCCCUUUCCAGAAGAGGGCGGAGCUUUAACAGCUCACGCUUCGGUUGCUCAACAACAACAAAGCUGGAGAAUCUCACGCAGCCAAAAUGAGGAUUGUCAGUAAUGGUGUUCAGCCUUACAUUGUUCAAACCGGAGUCAGACACUGAUGGAGAGACUCAGGAAGAAGUUACAACUUUUAGACGUUUCUGAAUGGUUAGUGGAGAAAUUUAUGUAGUUGCUGUGGAGUUGAUUCAACUCAUCGACUAGCAUGUGCCGUCAUGUUAAUCUUUUGUGCAAAUCCAGUGCUGAAUUGACCCUCGUUUGUGAAGCAGUCCAGCGUAAAAUGACGGCAACAACACUCUACUACAACAACUCUUCCUCUUCUCUAAAGCAGCUCAACAUGGCCUCACACCCUUUGUUGUGUGUUCUCGGGGGCGGGGUUUAUGUAAAUUUUAAGGUUUGUGAUGUCACCAACCCGGUACGAAGCUCAUUGUAGUUCCUACCAGCCAUUUGUUGUAGUCCUUAAAAAGCGAUUUCUUUAAAAGAAAAUAUCUCCCUUUGCAUUGAACUUUGAGCGUCGUAACUUUGCAGAUGUUGUUUAUGCUCAAACAGCAACAUGACACACUAACUAAAGUUAAAAAAGUAUUUUCUGCUCACCAAGGCUGCAUUUAUUUGACCAAAAAUACAGUAAAAACAGUGAAAUGUUAUUAUAAUUUAAAAUAACAGUUUCUUUCCAAAAACAAAACAAAAAAACAACAACAAUCUUACUGACCUCAAACUUUUGAACUACUUAAAAAACUAUUCUACUUAAUAUUUGUAUUUUUAUGCUUAUUAGAGUAUUGUUUUAUUAGCUUAUCGCGGCUUUAGAAGGCAGCUGCCUAUGUUGGCAGUAAACAGCAAGGGAGCUCACUAAGUUUUGGAACAGAGUGAAUAUCUGACCCUUCAUCUUAACUCUUGAAAAUAUUUCCAGUGAACACAUAAACUGAAGCCAGUGAGUGAGCUUACAAGACAAUAUGUCUGUGCCAAACAGUAAUGAUUACUUCAGUUAUUGCUGUGCAGACUGCAGUUGUUAUGGUAACUGCCAUAACAUGAUUAAAGAUGCUUCAACAUAGAAACGGUUGUCGCGACCACCAGUACCGUAUAUUUUACAACUCCUGCCUACAUUUUCAGUGAGGGUUGUCUUAAUAAUAAUAAUGCUUAUGACUGUAUUUAUAUGAGUAUUUAGUUUUAAAAUAGAAAAAUACAAUCCUUAUGUUUUCAUGACAAGACUGCAAAAAAUGAGAAAAGAGUAAUUUAUGACCCUUAACACUAAGACAAAGCAAAUAAUGACAAAAUUCAGUAGUGCCAAGUUACCAUUCGCUAAGCUGCUAAAAGAUAAUUAAAGGGAAUUAAUUAAAUUGCUAAAGGAAAGAUUGCUGUGUUAUGAGUUGAUUUCUUUUCAUUUUCGAAAAGCUUGACCGUGUGUCUAUUUAUUGUUGUGGAUUUUUAUGCCAUAGUCCUAUAUUUAUAUUUAUUCUGAGUGGCUGUCGUCGUUGGAUUGUGGCGUGUGUAAAGAUGGUCUUAAACUAAUGAUGCAAACCUCGAAAUGAAAUGCAUUUACAUGGAAUCCCCCACAGAAAGUGCUGGAAGAUACAAAGCAAAGAAAAUUAACAAUACAAAAUGUUUAAUUAAUGAAGUCUCAUUGGUUCUGCUGUGCCCAAAGGUCAUGGUUAUGUAACAUAACACAUUAAUAAUACUUUUGAGGGAACAAGUGAGUCAUUUGAAUAUUUUAAAGUCAGCAUGAAAUUGCACUCACAACCCAUUUACUGCCAUAAUGUGACAUAUUUGCAAGUGAAAAGGAUAAUCGAAGGGAAUUCAUCAGAAAAGGAUGGUGAUUUCAGUAGUAAUAAAUUAAAUAAUGUCAAUUUUGCUUUCAAGUUGACUUUAAAUGUUCUUAUCCAGCAUGCAAGAGUCGCAUCAGAGUGAAAUUGUUCCUGUAAUAUCCACCUGGCUGGCACUUUUAGACAGGUGAAAAAUGAAAAGCUGAUGAAUAUUUAUUAGAUACGCAUAUAUAAACAGUGAGAAAGAGAGACAGAAAUGUUAUGAAAAAGCUAAGAGCUGUAUUGGGACAUGUGAUGGAAGAAAAUGAGGUGAGAAAGAUGGGACAAAUAGCUGAUAAAAUGAAGGAAAAUUGAGAGAAAGCAGCAAAAUGAUGGAUGUAUUAUUUUUGAACACUCAUCAAAUGGAUGCUGGAAGUGUGUGUGUGUGUGUGUGUGUGUGUGUGUGUGUGUGUGUGUGUGUGUGUGUGUGUUAAACCUGCUUUAAUGUGCUGUAUGACCAUUGCUGGUUUUCAGACUGUUAUAAGCACACAUUCUGUGGUCUGUGUGUGUCUUUUAUGAGUGUGGGAAACACUGACCAUGGUCUAAAACAGUUGGGUUGUGUUCGAAGUGGAAUACUAGCAUACUGAAUGCAUACUUUGCAGUUUAUAUUGUAUCCUGCCUACUAAUUUUUAAGAAUAUUAUGUGAAACUAUGCAUUUUCGACUUAAACGUUUCAUACAGGGCCUAAAAUUAACACUUGCCAAGUGCCAAAUGUAAGAAAAAUCAGCAUUGGUGGGUAAAAUGCACAAUGUCAAUCGCCAGUUGGCCGGUAACAUUUUUAUGAAUUCUAAGGGCUCGUUCACACAGCGUGUUUUUGCUUUGAAAAAUGCGAGACACAGGCAGUGGAAUGGGGAAAAAAACGCACGGUCUCGAGACGCGUUUUUAAAAGUUGAACUGAUUUUAACUUGAGCGCCACGUAUUUAGAAUGCCGUGUCAUGCGCGAGACUCUGCAAAACACGCAAGCGCAACGGUCAUACACCUCCAUCUAGCGCGUUUACAUGGAAAAACAAUGGAAAAGUAGCGCAUUGGAAUGGAAAAAAUGCAUUCAGUGUGACAUCCCCUUACAAUGCAAUAUUGUGAGAACAGGAGCGACAGUUGGCGGGCCAGCGCUGCAUCAUCACAAAAGUUUAAGCUUUGCCAAUUUGAAUACUCAAGCACAAGAAGACACGAAAGGGAACUCAAUUAGUUACUCGCACGCUGCGGUUUGAAGUUUUCUGUGCGCAAUGGGGUGUAACUGUACACAAAAAUGACGGUUCGGUACGUUCCCUUAGUUUUGAAGUCACGGUUCGGUAUGGGUUCGGUACAGCAGGGUGAGAAAACAAAAAAAAAUUACUCUUUUUUUUUUUUUUAAUUUUUUUUUUAUUAAACAAUGUUUUACUGAACUGUAUCUCUGUCAUAUAUUUAUUCAAUUAUAAUUAAAAUUUUCUUAAGGAUAAAAAAAAAAUCUAUCUCUGCUAAUGCUGUAAACUAUUAGAAAGCCCUUACUUGCACAUUACUAUAAUAUUAAAGGUUACAAUUAACAGAGCCCAAAUUAUUAAAUUCACUUGCCAUAUUUUUAGAUAUAAUCAUCAACACUCAAAUAAUAAUAAAAAAUGUAUGCAUUGUAAACAUGUAAAUUACACAUAAGGCAGUUUUUGCAUGAACUUCUGUUUCUCCAAUUCGUUGUUGAAAUAUAAUUAUUUACACAGUGGCUGUCAUAACUUGUUUUCAUGACAGGUUUAUUUAGGCCUUACAUUAACUAACAGGUUAAGUUAAAUAUAAUUAAAAUAUAGGCUAAUAUAGUUCAUAUAUUUAGCGAAACAGUUCAUUUCUCUAGCGAACUAACAAGCUGUUGACACUGAAUGGCUUUUCUAAAUGUAAUACUACGUGACAUGUUGUUUACUAAAUGUUUUAUUGACAUCUUUCCGCGGUUGAAACACUGAUUGAGCAAUUUACACGAGAUAUGAUACGUUUCAGUAAGUUGUACUGUAUCUUUCAACAUACCUUCAUGUUCAUUCAUUCUGUAGUAGUGAAUAGGAAGAGAUACUCGUGCUCCGCGCUGCCGUUUAAACUGAGGCGCCUACACAGGGAUCUGUCACGCCACAUCAAAAAGCGUCAAAACGGCAUUUAUUGUUUGAAUUUCUUGAUAAAAUGGACAGAAUUUGAAAGAUGGCACGUUGUUUCUUAUCGAAAGUAACAAAACACAGAACUUAUUGCGAUUAUUGGUGGUUAAUGCUGGUUAAAACUGGUUAGGCUAAAAAGCAUUACUGUGCGCGCCCCCUUCUGGAUUGGAGUGUGGAUCACAUGUGACUGGACUGUAUUCGUCGUCUAACUGCAUGAACCGAACCAUGACGUCCGUACCGUGACGGUUCGGGGCGAAUACAUGUACCGUUACACCACUAGUGCGCAAACAUCCAAAGUGCGCACCCAGAAAGCCACAUCUCAGCGCGCAAAUACUGAAUUGAGCUCUCUUUCAUGUCUUCUUGCACUUGAACGGACAGAAAAAUUGUCCAAAAAAAACAGCAAGUAUACAUAUAGUCAGUUAUGUCUUAAGUGAACGUAAACAGUCAAGAAAGAAAAAGCAUGUGUAUCAGUAUGUUGGAUCUGUGCAUUAGCUCUUAAAGUGACAGCACCCUAAUAUUCCUGCUGCUGUCUGUGUUUUUAAUGUUAAUCAAACAACAAAAGACAAAGAAAAAUCACUAAGUGCUCCAGACUGACUAAUUUAUUUAACUUUAAUAAGGAUUAAUCUAUGUUUCAUGGCUGGUAAAAAAAAUGUUUAUGGCCCGCACAUUUUCUUAAGUCACCGGCCAUUGGCAGGUGUGGCAAAAAGUUAGUUUUAGGCCCUGGUUUCAUACUUCCGGAGCCCCUAAAAGGACAUGGUGAUGGGAAAAAAUAUAUUUCAAUGCUUCUGCAUUCCCCUGAGAAACUUUGCAUUCGCUCGCACACCUUUCGAGCAAACACAAAGUUUCUUGGGGGAACGCAAAACUUUUAAUUUCAGCUUUGCUUCAAUCUCCAAAAUUUUUUUUAAUACUUUUAGUUAACACUGUUUCAGGCUUGCUGAAUUCGGAACUGCAUACUAGCGUACUUCUCUUACUAUUUCUGCCAUAGAAAGAUGUGGUAAAAGUAGUAAGAGUAGUACGCUAGUAUGCGGUUGCAAAUUCAGCAAACGUAAAGUCAAGCACAUUGCAUCAUGGGAUAGUUUUACAUAUAGUGUGCUCUGUUUAUACUGCACAACAGAUACGUCAUCCGUGUAUGCAAUUCACACUGAACAUUUGCAUAUUGUGCACAGUAUGUAUGCUGCAAAAAUAGUAUGGGUAGUAUGGUAGUAUGCCACUCCGAACAUACUCUCAGUAAAGAAGUGUACUCAAUCAAUCCUCUUGAAACUGGGAACAAACUUAUUUAGCAAGGACCUCCCCCUUAUUCCCGCCCACAUUAUGUCCCAGUAGCUGCUCUCGUAUCUCAUGCUUGACAUCAGUAGCACAGAUCAUGGUGUCAUGAGUUUAUUUUCUCCAUGAUGUUGUAGGUGUUGCUUUGAGAUCAUCGCUGCAUCUGUGUUGCCGCCACAACUGUAGUCCUACUGAGAAUCGUAGUCCAUUUACAGACUUCAAAAUGGUGCCAAAAUACAAGAGAUGACGACUCUUGCAGUAAAAUUUUCUGUUUACAUAAAAAGAUGUUAAAACUGAAAAUAUAAUAUAAGGCUAAUAGUUUUCUCUGGGUCAGAUGAAGAUAAAAAAGAGAUGUAAAUACUGAUAGUUUCUAUCAAAUUCUUUAUCAUUUCAUGAUGUAUUGUACUUCUGAAAUAUUGGGACCUGAGGCAAUUUGUUUUUUGUAGUUUUAUUUUGUAUGGUUUUGUGUUUGCUUUCAUUUCUCAGCUGUAUGAAAUAAAGAACAUACUGUGA